ACGGAACGCAACCAUAAUGGCACCCAGAGAGAAAGAGCUUAGGUCAGGUUGGAUACUAGAGUUUCGUAUCGACAACACAGAACAGGAGGUUAUAGUUUUGUAAAACUGUACACGACUGUUUCAAGUAUAAAAAGAUGUUGUUGAUAACUCGCAAACUCGACGCCAGACUCGUGCAACAUAGUUUGCUGUUUAAACUCAUUGCAGGUUACGCGAACGUUUCGCAGGUGGAUAGUGAGUCGCGGCCAGAACAAUUCCGCGUAUUGGAGCUGUACUCGCGGAAGAAAGUCUUACGGAAACAACAAGCGCAAAAAGUCCGAGUGCCGCCAGCGAGAACGACCGAGAUGCCAACUGAUCAGGACUGGACGUCGGUUUGGCCGGGUGCGCGAACUUUUCAUCCCGCCUCGGUGCCGCUGCCGUUACGACAGGGUUACAUGCAGAAAGACGCACCGCCCGACAAACACACUAACGCCGAGCUCAUGAAAAUACCGAAUUUUCUGCACCUCACACCGCCGGCGAUUCGCAGGCACUGCGAAGCUCUGAAGCAGUUCUGCACCGAGUGGCCCGCAGCUCUCGACACCGACGACAAGUGCACCGAGCAUUUCCCUGUCGAGAUCGUCACGUCCGACUAUUGUUACUCCUCGCCUACUAUACGGGAGCCGCUUGCCAGAAUUGUAAGCCUGCAAAUCAAACUGACUUCCCUUCACCUGGACACUCAUGCUAAGGACAAGUUGCUGCGACUACUGAGAGACAGAUACAAUACGGAAACGGGCGUGAUAACCAUCACAGCUGACAGAUGUCCGGCUAGGAAGCAAAAUCUGGAAUACGCGCGGUACCUCCUCACGGCAGUGUACCACGAAUCCUGGAGAGUGGAGCCGUGGGAAGCUGAGAAAUCUCUAGCCGACAUGGAAUACUUUGAUUGGGACUCGAGUGUGAGUCGCAAAAGUCUGGUGACACUGUACAGAUGGCCCGAGCCGCCGACAGAUUACGAUUACGAGACCAUUCCGCAUGCGACAGAAUACAAGAUUGCAGUUUCGGAUCUUAUAAACAACGGGGAGGAUCAGUACUCAAUCAACAAGUACAAAGAAGCCGUGAAAAACUUGUUAAACUUUAAGAGCGACAAUAAAAGCUAAAUUGUAAUUAUUACGUGA